AUGGGAUGUUACGUUUUGUAUGCGGACCUCCACAUCAACCAAAACCUGCAAGAUAUUCAUCACAUGUUCAACAGCUACGUUAUAUGCUUCAAGUAUGCAUUGGCAGCAGCUCCUUCAUCAAAUUUCAAUGUUGUCAUAGAUGCCUCAAAAAGUCCAUUGGGCGAACAUUCUGGAUGCUUCAACUUACCUACAUGCAACGAAAUAACUGUCCUUCUUCACGGUAAUCAAUAUAACCACCGAGACAUUGUCCUUAAACGCAGAGACAACACUCUUCACAGUAUAUGCAAGACGCACAGAUCUUAUGACGCCUUGCAAUACCCAUUGCUCUUUGUGAGAGGAGAGGACAGCUACCAGUUUGGAAUUCAUCAGCACAAAUCAGACAAUUUGGAUUGUGUAACCAACAAAACGGUUUCUUGCAUGAAUUUUUACUUUUAUCACUUCAUGGUUUGUGACAACUCCUUCAACCAUAUGCACUGCUCAGGAGAACUUUUUCAUCAGUUUGUCGUGGAUGUGUGCGCUAAAAUGGAGUCAGAGAGGCUCUGUUUUAUCCAAACACACCAGAAGCAGUUGUGUUCGAACAGCCACAUUUAUCUGCGAGAUGCCCUCAUCAAUUACCCAGCACCAGAUAGCGUAGGCAGACUCUGCAUUCUGCCAUCCUCCUUCACUAGAAGUCCAUGGUAUUUGCAUGAGAGAACACAAGAUGCUAUGACUUAUGUCCGUCAUUACGGCAGGCCUGAUGUGUUCAUUACAUUCACCUGCAAUCCUACGUGGAAAGAGAUCAAAGCUGAAUUGUUUCCAGGCCAGCAUGCGAAAGACCAUCAUGAACUCCUAGCAUGA